GAAGAGUUUGACAUAGUAACAGUAAUAGCGCGAAGUGGUCGUUAAUAGCUAUCUCCGAGUGCUAUCUUCUCUCUGUGCAAUCAACUCUUUGAUCGUUGCAAUUUUUCCUGACACGUCAAUUUUUCCGCGAAAAUCGAGAGAAUGAGUCAAGUGUGCAAGUUACCGACGAAACGAUCAGGACCGCCGAAAGUAUGGAAGGUUGUCGAGUUGAAGAAAAAGAACGAGGAGAAACCGAUCAAAUUCACGAUUCAAGAGAUACCUGAGGACAGGUACGAGGAAGUGGUGGAACACAUGUGUACCUAUUUCAUAGCCGACGAGCCAAUGUGCAAAUGCAUAAAUGGACAAAACGAUCCGGAGUACGUGGAUGGGUUCAGGCAGCUUUGGAGGGAGUGUUUGAAGGACGGUUUAGCCGUGGCGGCGUUCACGGAUCAUCCAAACGGUGGCAAACCGAUUCUAGCUGGAGUCAACGUCCUCACGUUGACUUUCGAGGGUAAAGAAACGGAUCCUAACACGGUCAAGUCGAAACAGGGCAGAAUUCUGAUGGAAGUUCUGACAAAUUUGUGUAAAAAGGCGAACGUGUUCGAUAAGUACGGAGUGAAUAAAUACAUGAACGCUUAUGGUCUAUCUGUGCAUCCGUCUUAUCGAGGAGCUGCUCUAGGCGCUUAUCUUUUAAAUACCAGGGUGGACAUAGGUCGCGAGUACAACAUUGCAGUAACAUCCACAGGAUUCACAUCUCCAAUUUCUCAAAAAUUGGCCGAACGAUGCGGCUUCGAGACUCUGGUUGAAGAGAAUUACGAAGACAUGGUGCACGAAGACGGAAGCCCGUAUUUUCCCGGGAUCGAGUCGAAAUCUUUGAAAAUAAUGGCUAGGAGGCUCGAUUAACGUGAACUAAAACGACCUAAAUCGAGCUGCGUAUUGUUAGCAAAAUUACUUUAGCGACGUCGAGAGAAGAAGGAAACGUAUAGUUUCUGUUAGGAAUUUAGAGGCGUUAUUUCCUCGGUAACAUGUGUAGAAGC